CCCCAAUCCCGGACUUUUGCCAUGGCAGAGCAAUGAGUAGCAAACCCGCGCCGCCCCCCUCUGUGCGGCGCAUUGGCGCCUCAUGGUGACGUAACCGUUGCAUAGCGAUGAGGCAUUAGCCCUUCCGGGGUGUGGGGAAGGGUGGCGGAGGGGGAGUUUCCCCGGCGGUUUGUUUUCGUGACUCCUGCCGAGUCCGAAGAAAUGGGAAGCGGCAGUGGCGACCGCCGCCAGCGCUGGUCCCGCUGCUGUUACUUCUCCAACUCCUCUCGCCGCUGCGCGGGGAGCCCCGGGCCGCUGUAAUGGCGGCCUUUAGUACGACUACCAUCACCCCCGCCGCCUCAACGUCGCCGUCGGAGGGUCGUAGCGGAGGCGGGGCCGAGCCGGUGCUGGACGAGUUCACAGUGCCGGAGGAGAAAAACGGUUUCCUGGAGCGGAGUCGCGCCUACAUCGAGCGCCUCUUUCGGGUGCGCAUGGCCGUCUUGGGGUCGCUGAACAGCGGCGGCUGGGCGGCCCUGGAACUCGGGCAGGAGCCAGCCGCCCCCGCGCGCAGGAUCUGGCUGAGUCUUCGGGGCGAGCGGGCGGACGUGCGCAGCGCCAAGGAGUAUAUUAAAGGUCUGUGUGAACCUGAAUUGGAAGAGAGGGAGUAUUAUCCCAAAGACAUGCACUGUAUUUUUGUAGGAGCCCAGAACCUUUUCUUGAAUUGCCUUAUUCAGGGAACCUGUGCCGAUAUCACUGUUGUGGAAAUGGGGACUCUGAAUAUUAAGGGUGGUGCUGAACCUGUCGUCAUGGCUAGAAGUCAUGUUCAGCAGUUUGUGAGUCUCUUCAAAAACAACACAAGUCUGUUCAGUGGCAGAGAGUCAGAAGUGAAGAAGCGCUUCAGACAUCUCGUUGAAGCCCAUGCUGAUAAAUAUACAAUGGACUUGCUGAUCUUACCAAGCUUGCUGAAGAGAGAACUGCUCAACCUUGCACAGAAUGAAAACAGGAGAGCAGAAGGUAAAAACACAGAUCUUCCCAAUUUUGACGGGACGCUGGAACUUUUUCCAAAUGAAAUGCAGAAAUGGUCUGCGAUAAACAGCGACUACAGAACAGGUCAGGAGGAGGCAAGAAACAAUGCCGGUACUCCAGUCACUGAGUUGGCAAAGCAAAUGGACACUGUCUUCCCUGAUGCUCCAGAAAGACAUUUUUUACCUAUAAAUGGUCUGAGUUCGCUAGAGGCACCCACAGGCAAAGAGAGGCAGUCAUGUAAAAGGAGAUCAUCAGAUGCUGAGGAGAGGCUACCAAAGAAACAGUUUUCUUUAGAAAACAAUCGGGAGACCAAGCAGACGGCGUGCAGUGCUACUGAUGACAUAGUGUUGGUUGAUCUGGUCACUGAUGCAAGCCACGAGUCAGACGAUCCGAGCCUGUACACUAAAGAAGGCGACGAGAUAAGUGAGGAAAUGGAGUAUAAGAUUUUGGUGAACUUUUUCAAAAGUAUGGGCUACUCGCAAAAGAUUGUAGAGAAGGUGAUUCGAGACCUUGGGCAGCUAGCCGAGCCGCUACUGCUUUUGGAAGAAAUUGAAAAAGAGAGCAAGAAGGACCCUGAAGAGGAAGACCAUGUUGCUGAUAUACCUUCGGCUAUUGGAACUUGGGCAGAGAAAGAUAAAGGUAGUUGUAGCCACAAAGGCCAGCAAGUCCUGGACCACAAAUUAGAGCCACCCAAAAAUGCAAAACAAAACAUGGCCCCUGUUCCACGAGCACAGGGCAAGGUUGAAGGCAAAGUGCAUGUAUUAGACAGUGAAAAUAAGACUCCUGUUUCUGGCAGCAAAAAUCCACAAUUCAAAUGCUGCAGUAAAGUACACUCAACUAAAAACUCUGAACAGUCUCGUAUUCCCCAAACAAAUGAUAUAGAAAGUGAUGGUCAUGUGAGUUCUUGUGAUAAUGUACAGAGGGUAGCAAAAGACAGGAAACCGAAAGCGCCCAGCUUGGUAGCAAGAGGUGGCUCAGAGACGCCAUGCCCACCAGUUCAGAAAGAAACUGUGGUUCUUCAAGCAAGUGCCGAACACACAUCUGUGAAGCAUGCUCAACAGGGACGCUGUAGUAAUCCUUUGCAGCUUGGGGCCAAGCUGAUCCCAUCCCAGAAACCAAAUCAGCUCGUAGAGCCUGUAAUUCCUCCACAAGGAACUACUCCUCAUUCAGAAAGAAGAACAGGAGGGUCAUGCAGUCAUCAUGCCGACCCUUCAGUCACUGGAGUUCAGAGGUUUUUAGAAUCUUUGAAAACGCCAUACAAGCUGGAAUUGAAAAAUGAGCCAGGGAGAGCACACUUAAAGUACAUAGUCAUAGAUGGCAGCAAUAUUGCAAUUGCCCAUGGUCUACAGAAGUUCUUCUCCUGUCGGGGAAUUGCAAUUGCUGUUGAUUACUUUUGGAAAUGUGGCCACAGAAAGAUCACUGUGUUUGUCCCACAGUGGCGAACGAGGAGAGAUCCUAAUAUCACAGAACAACACUUCUUAACCCAGCUCCAGGAUGUUGGUAUUUUGGCCCUCACUCCUGCAAGGGUUGUAUUUGGAGCCAGGAUUGCAUCUCAUGAUGACAGGUUUUUGCUACAUCUCGCUGAAAAAACUGGAGGAGUUAUUGUUACCAAUGAUAACCUCAGAGAAUUUGUGGAUGAGUCCACAUCCUGGAGGGAGAUUAUUCAAAAGAGGCUGCUCCCAUACACUUUUGUUGGAGACUUCUUCAUGGUUCCUGACGAUCCUCUGGGACGAAAUGGACCAGGAAUAGAACGUUUCCUCCAAGAGGAAACCUGUUUCAGACGUGUUCCACCCCCGUACGGCCUUGCAAGUGGAGGUCUUCCUCCUUUUGGGACAUCACAUUACCUGAUGCAGCAUGAUAGCAGUGGACAGUUACCAAAGAGCCCAUUGCCUGGUCUCGUACCUGCCUUGACUAUGUUUCCGCCAGCACCUCAGGCCAACUCAGCCCUCCCCCCGCAUCCAAGAUCUGCUGCAGAAACAAUCCGCUUAAAAGAAGCCUUGAAAAAAAUAUUCCCUACCUCAGAGCAGAGGGAGAAGAUUGAGGAAAUACUUGCCCAACAUCCCCACAUGAGAGACCUGAAUGCCUUGUCGGCUAUGGUGCUUGAUUUAGGCUGACAAGACAAAACGGCAGUGCGUUUGAUUCUGCAGUUUGGAUUGUUAAUGUAAAGAUGCAUAUGAGCUGGUGUCAGGCCAUCUGUGAAUAGUCAAAACUUAAUCCUUUUGUAUAAAAAAAAGUGUGAGUAUUCAAAGGAUUUCCUGAUACCCUUUUUUUAGUCCAUCUAAGUUAUGUUGCUUUUACAGAUUUGUACUGAUGCAUUUUUUGAAAGAAAACAAGUGUUUAUUUCUGAUUGGCUUGAAAUUGUUUACAGAAGGUGCCUCAAGUUAUUCAGGAAAGAACUGGAGAAUUCACACUUCAGGUUUCUUGAAGAUUACAUGUGAUUAAUGGGCUUUAUUUCCUUUCUUGAGUUCACAUUCUUGGGUUAAAAUUGCCUGAUUUAAUAGGUGGUGGUGAUUUGUCAGUGGGCAAUAUGACCAUUUCAUACAUCCUGGUUAUGGAAGUGCUAUUUCAUCCAAGCCCUGGUUUCUAUCGGCUGGACUUCUGUGAUGUUACACCAUCCAAACACGGGUCAGUGGAGGUAGCUGCCCCAGUGGAGGUUUUUGGAGAAUACUCAUGUAGAAUGUGUUAGAAUUUUGCCAGCCUCCCGAGUACCCUUUCUUUAGUCUGAUUCAACAUGCCAACUUUUAUUACAUUAUGUAUUGUUUCUCAGUUUUGAAGAAACAUUGGAAAGAAAUUUAUUUGCUUCCCAACUUCUUUCAGUGGGAAACAAAAGCAAGUUGCUUUAUAACAUUACCACUUUAUUUCAACAGAGUAGUCAUAGAGCCAUCUGUACCUAUAGAAAGUUGUUGAACAUGGAUGUGCUCAAACUAAGCCCUCCUUCCCCCUUCAUGAAGCUCCAAAGUGUGUCAGUUGCCUUGCAGGAUUUGGGACCACAUGGUAUCACUGAUUAGAGUGUUUGGGGUAUUCUACGCAAGCACACCUUUGGCUUAACCUGGGAGUGUAUAUCAUUGGGCUUGCAGCUGGAUAAGGGGGAAAGGAAGACACAUGUACAACCAUCUUAGAAUAGGCUGUCAUUGAAAAAUGACCUUUUUAAACAGUGCAUUUACAGCAGGCUUGGAGAAUCUGCCAUCAAAGGACAUCUUUGGUAUAGCGGUAACAUUAAUUGUGCACAUAGCACUGUAACCAUAUUAGAUUUAGAGAGGCGAGGAACAACGUAAAUUUGGGGUGGUGCCAGCGCUUGUCUUGCACUGGUAAGCUGAGUUAUUAAAAGAAAUGGCGCAAAAGGAAGACAGCAUGAGCAAUUGUCAAGGGGGCAGUUUCAUUGUGUUCCACACACACACACACUUUUAGUGUCACGUACAGCACGCCAACUGUUGUAGAGCAAGCUACUUGACAAGUGUUUUGGCUUUGUAGGAAUUCCCCUCCGCUUUAAAGAGUGAUAAACCAGUCUGUUUAACCACAGACAUGCCUACCAGCUGCUUCUGUUUAUUUACCCACCCUCCACUGAACAAAAAGAAUUUGCAAAAACAGCCAUGCUGAAUAUGUUAGACUGCAGAAAUGUCUCUUGGAAUUUCCUGAUGGGUGUAUGCAACAGCUUCCGUAUGGAGAUUCUGUGGAGUGUGUGGCAGCUAUUGAGUCAGUUAAUUAAGAAGCUGCAGCCAAUGGUGAAAUACAGGAGCCAAUCCUUAAUGGUCCAUGAAAUAAAGUCAUUAAAGGGUGAGCUGUCAACAGAGGCUGUUUAAAGCAGGGAUGGGCUGACUUUGUUUACUAGAACUGGCAUACUCCUAUUGAUGCUUUUAAUUUACCAAUUAAGAGUGU